AUGGGAUCCGCUGAGAUUUUCAGACUACGCGAUCGGAGGCGGACCGGUUCGAAGUAUCGUGCCUGUUUGGCUAACAAGUCAUUUUGGGCUUUACGUUUUGAAACUCCUCCACGCUUGUGGUAUGAUAUAUCGACUCGUUCACUAGUCAUCUUUCCGCGAUUGGUACUCUUCCUUCUCUCACUUUUAGUCGAUCGUCUAGUAAUUCGAUUUGUCCAAUCGCCAUCAAUACAGCUACUCCAUGCAUUUUCAUUGCACUCACUGCUUUUUAUGUGUCGGACAUUUUCAAACUCACUAGAAUCGCUCCUAUUUACGAGUGUCUUUCUUCUCUCGCUAUCGAUUUCCGACCCUCGAAACCGCGCCAGUCUUACAUCCGUAAUUGCAUGGGCACUGUUGAAUGUUUUCACAGUUUGGGUCCGAGUGAGCUAUGUAUGCUUCGCUUUUCCCGUCGUCCUCAUGGUCGGCUACACGCGUCUUUUUCGAUCACCCGCGCUCUUCUUCACCGCCGGAGCAACCGCUUUGUUGGGCAUGAUGAUUUUAAUUUUGUUCGAUUGCCUUUAUUUUGGGCGCUGGCCAACAGUAACUCCGAUCAGUUUAUUACUAUACAACCUUGAUAAAAGAAACCUUGCGCAGCAUGGUACCCAUCCUCGCUAUCUUCAUCUACUUGUCAAUGGCCCUAUCAUGUUUGGCCCAGCCCUUUGGUUUACUGCGUGGUGCCAAAUCUGGACGAGACUUAAACUUUCCCCGACCAUCGUGAAACUGUCAAUAGCUUCGUUGAUAUCGGGCACAUUUCUGCUAUCCAUCCAACCUCACCAGGAAGCUCGAUUCUUGUUGCCAUUGGUUUUUCCUCUAACCAUAUUAUGCUCUCAAUCGGUAACAAACUCACGAUCCUCCAAAUUCGGAAGGGUAUUUUGGUUUGCCCAUCUAUUACACUCAGUUAUCACGGUGAUUUUAUUUGGAUAUUUACAUCAAGGAGGACUCCAAUCGGCCCUUAGAGUUUUACCAGCAAACACGAGGAUCUUGAUGAGUUACAAAACUUUCGAUAUUCCGUCUUCACUGAUCACGAGCGCUCAACUCAGCGAGGUCAAAAACCUUCGUGGAGCGACCGAAGAAACGCUUGCGAAAACAUUGUGUGACAUUUUCUCUUCGGAUAAGGAACAGCAGAUUGUCUUGCUUGCGCCAAGAUGGGCGCUCAGCCCUCGACUAAAAGACCGUUUUAAACUGCUUUUCUCCUCCACCAUCCCUCACCUCGACCUCGAUAGACUUGACGAAAUCUUUAACGCUGGGCCUUCUAGAUCUGGACUCGGUCUUUAUGAAAUUCCCCAGCUAAACAUAAAAGCUUCUGGGCUAUGCGAAUUGAAGCACGGACUCUUAUAG